AUGGAAAUGGAGAUCGGUUCGACGGGCGCCACAGCAGCAUCCACCAACUUCUCGCUGCCGGUGGACUCUGAGCACAAGGCCAAGUCCAUCAAAAUCUUCUCCUUCGGCAACCCACACAUGCGUGCCUUCCACCUUGGAUGGAUGUCCUUCUUCACCUGCGUUGUAUCCACCUUCGCCGCCGCACCGCUCAUCCCCAUCAUCCGCGACAACCUCAACCUCACCAAGGCUGAUAUAGGCAACGCCGGUGUUGCCUCGGUGUCUGGUGCCAUCUUCUCAAGGCUGGCCAUGGGCGCCAUCUGCGACCUUCUUGGCCCGCGCUACGGCGGUGCUUUCCUCAUCAUGCUUUCUGCACCAGCGGUGUUCUGCAUGUCCGUCGUCGAUAGUCCCGCCGGAUACAUCAUCGUACGCUUCCUCAUCGGCGUCUCACUUGCCACCUUUGUGUCGUGCCAGUAUUGGAUCAGCACCAUGUUCAAUAGCAAGAUCAUCGGGACAGUCGGCGGCUUAACGGCGGGGUGGGGAGACAUGGGUGGAGGUGCCACACAGCUCAUCAUGCCUUUCGUCUUCGAUGCCAUCAAGGCAUGUGGUGCGACUCGUUUCACCGCUUGGCGCAUCGCCUACUUUGUGCCAGGAAUGAUGUUGGUGGUGAUGGGCUUGCUCGUGCUCACCUUGGGACAGGACCUUCCCGAUGGCAACCUGAGGAACCUCCAAAAAAAUGGUGACAUGAACAAGGACAAGUUCUCCAAGGUUCUCCGUGGAGCCGUCACCAACUAUCGAACCUGGAUCUUUGUCUUCAUCUAUGGCUACUGCAUGGGCGUCGAGCUCACCUCAAACAACGUGAUUGCCGGGUACUACUACGAUAGUUUCUACCUCGACCUUCGAAAAGCAGGUAUCAUUGCCGCCUGCUUUGGCUUGGCCAAUAUCUUUGCACGCCCCAUGGGCGGGUACCUCUCCGACCUUGGUGCUCGCUACUUUGGCAUGCGUGCCCGACUCUGGAACAUUUGGAUCCUCCAGACUGCUGGUGGAGUCUUCUGCCUUUGUCUCGGUCGUGCAUCCACCCUUCCCACCUCCAUAGCAUGCAUGGUCCUGUACUCCAUCUGCGUCGAGGCUGCAUGCGGCGCCGUCUAUGGUGUCAUCCCCUUCGUCUCCCGACGCUCCCUCGGGCUCGUCUCCGGCAUGACCGGUGCAGGUGGCAAUGUGGGUGGCGGGCUCACACAGCUCCUCUUCUUCACUUCGUCGCAGUACACCACCGGCAAAGGACUCCAAUACAUGGGCAUCAUGAUCAUGGCAUGCACGCUCCCCGUCAUUCUCGUGCACUUCCCACAGUGGGGCUCCAUGCUUGUCCCUCCCAGCAUGGACGCCACCGAGGAGGAGUACUAUGCCGCCGAGUGGACGGAGGAGGAGAAGGGCAAGGGUCUCCACAUGGCCGGACUCAAGUUCGCUGAGAACAGCAUAUCUGAGCGUGGCAGACGCAAUGCCAUCCUCGCCGUACCUGCUACCCCACCCAACAGCACGCCACAACACGUGUAAUACGUUAGUAUCUUCUUACCUCAAUGUAUACAGUGCGCGUAUACAUAUAUACAUACGUACCCAUCAAGGUGGGGCACCCCAUUUUGCCGGUGUGGUUUCCCCGACCACCUGCUUUUUGGGCGCUUAUCUAGGCCUUAGUCAAUAGUACCUGGGGCUUGUAUCAUGUUAUGCAAAUGAGCAAUAUGAGAAUAUGCAUCGUUUCUUAUAC